UCUGAUAGUGAAAUCAGUCAUUGAAAGACGCUCUGCUUGAUAACCGUGUGUGAUGGUCGUGUCUGGCGUCGAGAUUUACACUGUUCAUACAGAAUACAGGACGUUUUCUCAGUGUGAUGAUUCAUGCCCGUGUCUGACGUUGCCGUGUGCGUUUAAAAGACUACAAAACGCUCCCUGGGUGAUGAUGAUGAUGUGUUACCGUGUUUGACGUUGACGAUUGUGUAUAAAGACCGCAAUACCCUCCCUGUGUGAUGACGAUGUGUUACCGUGUUUGAAGUUACCGCGUGUGCCGACGCCGUUGAUGCCGUGUUGUGUGAGACAGAUGACGACGUCUAACGCCGCUGACAUCGAGAUGUCGGAGAAGGUGUCGUUACACGCCGUGGAGGACGCGGAAACCAACUCAGGAGAAGAAGACAAAUCAUGGCGAGAGAAGCUGGCCGCCAUUCUGCAGUGUAACAAAGUUCAGUACACCGUCAUCGCCUUCGUCGUCCUCGACAGCGUCAUCGUCAUCCUGGAGCUGCUUCUAGACAUGGGGAUCAUUGAACUUCCAGAAAAUCACCCCACCAACCAGACGGCGUCACUGGAAGGUGAACAGUACUCUAAUAUAACCGAGAACCAUCACAUAGUCCACCGGUCCGCCCCUCACGUCGAAUACGAGAUAGCAGUUAACGAGACGCAUGCAAAUGUCAGUGCACAUGGCAACUAUACUCACACAGCGCACCACGGACACACAAAUAAGGAAAUAGCAGAGCACGUGCUGCACUAUGCAAGUUUAACAAUCCUGACGUUGUUUGUCAUCGAGGUGAUAGCCAAGGUUGCCGCAGAAGGAAUACACUUGCUGCAACAUAAAAUGGAGGUUUUUGACGCCAUCGUCGUGUUGGUUUCAUUCUCCAUCGACGUCGCCUUCUCGUUCGCCCACGUGUCCGACGCAGCACGUGACGUUGCGGGGUUCAUGGUUGUACUGCGCAUGUGGCGAGUAACCCGGAUCAUAAACGGUGUAAUCAUGUCGGUAAAACUGGAGGCGGAUAAAAAGUUAAAUGCCCAGAAAUUACUAACCAAGGCUGCAGUGGACGAAUCGACACGACUCAAAGAUGAAAUAAACAAACUAGAGAAUGAAAUCAUCUUACUGAAGGAAAAACUGAAAAAAGACGCAGAUCCGGAAAAUCCAGGCGAGGUUUCAUUAAAUACCGUGAACAACAUCAAAUAGUUAAAGACAUUUUUGUGGUGAGAAACUAAAACACUUUUGUUAUGUAGUUCGGACUACCUGUGGUGAAACGCCUAGCCACACAACGUUGGAAACAGCGAAUACGUUUGCAGUCCAAUGAUGGUACACGUUUUUCAGUCUAUAAGCCAUGUGUUGAAACACCUACUCGGUCAACGUUCAAAAUAGGAAAUACGUUUGCAGUACAAUGAUGGUAUACGUUUUGCUGUCUAUAAGUCACGUGGUGAAACGCCUAGUCCAACAGCAAUGGAAACGACAGACGCAGUAACGAUGAUGACAUAUGAUAAGGUGCAGUAUUUGGAUGAUGAUGACCUCCAAGUGCUGCGCAUCAGAUCAAAAGUUAAAAUUUGUUUUGUUUAUCAACACCAUUUAUAAACACAGAUUAAUUAAUCAUCGGCAGCUGGAUGUCAAGCAUUUGAUGAUUCCGAUUCACAGUGUUCGGAGGGAAACAUGGCUUCAUCCAUCCAUUAGCAGCAAUGGAUCUUUUAUGUAUACUUUCCUACCAAAGAUCGCAACACGUGAUACAUUCUCAAUGGGUUUCAUUCGUUUUGUGAACCGCUUCGCGUUCGAAUUAGUGGAUAUCAACAUAACCCGUUUGUUCGCAUUCUCGUUCGCAUUUGCGAUGGCAUUCUCGUUCGCAUUCGAGAUGGCAUUCUCGUUCGCAUACGCGUUCGCAUUCUCGUUCACAUUCGAUGGUGGAAAAACAUCAUAAUUAAUGGUGUUGCAAAGACGGUUGUUGGGUGAAAUGGAAAUAUGACAGGGUAAUAUUUAAUUUGUAUGUGUCAUUCUGUAUUAAUGUACGUUCAAUGAUAACACUUCUACCCACAAUGAUAAUAAUAUUGCUGCUAUUUUGUAGAACUAAGCCCAUGUUUUUUAAAGAUUUAAAAUCCACUCUCGACAUUAGCGAAAUGUCCUGGCUUUGCCUACAUGCUAUUUGUAAAGGCGAGAUAUUGUGAAUUGUGAAAGCCUCGAGUCUAGUACAGUUUAAAGUUUUAUAAACACGUGUUCUGAGGAACAUUUAUGAGGGCUCGCUGGACUGGUUUUGGGGCUCAAAGCUAGCGGAAUGUGAUGUGAUAGAAGACGAUGUGUACCAGUCAAAGUUUGCACGAACAAAUGGUUUUUGGAACACUGCUGCAGUGUAGCUCUACAGACUUGGUAUUAUAAAAGAAGAUGGUACCAGUCAAAUUGUUCGCGAGCGCUCGGCCUCCUGAACACGGUACUAGUCUAAAAGUAGAUCGACAAACUUCUGCUUCAGAAACCUGGCCUGCGUUCAGCAAGCCAUUUUUUCGCUAAACGUUUGCACACUCUUUUGACCGGUUCUCUGGUCAAGCGAGCGUAAAGGACAACUGGCUGGCAGAACUUACCCCUAGACUGACUGUUUAGUUAUCUGCUCAUUGUGUUUGUUGUGUAUCAACAGAGAGGCUGGUUUAAUGUGUGUGUAUGUACCGGUUACCAAGUAAUCUGUGACGCUUGAGUUUCGUAACCUGUAAAAACUCAUUAUAUUAGUAUAAAUAUUACAUCGGUUUCUGAAAUGUAUUGUAUUAUGAUAUAAAUUAGAGUAUAU